AUGGCCCGCAUCGACGUGCUCAACGCUCCAACGAAGCCAUGUCACAACUGCCGCCGCCGCCGCCUCCGCUGUGACCGCUCCUACCCCCACUGCCACAAGUGCACAGCCGGCGGGCAGGAGUGCCUGGGCUACGGGAAGUUGUUCCGCUGGACAGAGGGCGUCGCGAGCCGCGGCAAGCUCGCGGGGAAGACUACCAUCACCUUCUCGGCCGACACGACGACGACGAUCUCGUCCCGGGCCUCUACGCUCGAGCCCCCGUCCGCGUCCGCGUCCGCGUCCGCCUCGGGCCGCCAUGACCACCAGGACCCUCCGGCUUCUACCCAGGACGACUCCACAGCUCUUGUCGUCUCGGCCGCCAGGCCCGCCUCCUUCGAGACCCAGUCGGCUCCCUGGACCCUCGUCGAUCCUCUCUUCCAGGUCACCACGCGCGUCUGCAGGGAUCUUGUCUCCUGGGACCUCCCGGAUCGGAAUCCUUUCCGGUCUCUCAUCCCGCUAACCAAGGCUCAUCCCCUGCUGCAGCACAUCAUCGUGGCCGCCUCCGCGGCUCACAUGUCCAAUCUCUCCCGCGCGCUAUCGUCGGAUCCAGAGUCGGACCUGAAUGCGCGGCAAGCCCUGACGGAUGCUCUGGUCGCCAAGCACAAGGCCCUGCGGCUGUUGUCUUCCGCGCUGCAGGACAUUGGCGGCAUCGGCGGUGACGUGGUGCUGGCUUCCGUGCUGUUCUUCGUCAACGUGGAGCUGAUUGAGAGCGGAAGGGACGGCUGGAAGCCCCAUCUCGAGGGCGCUGGACGAAUCAUGUCGUAUUUGUCCCCCGUGGGGACGGCGGAUGUCGCGUUACGGGACUAUGUCAUGUCGGAUUGCUUCAUCUACUACAUCUUGGCUUCCGCCUUUAACGCGUCCACGCCGGCCGCCAAGUCAUAUUACCAGUCUGCCCAAGUUUCCUCCGUACUGGGUAAGGCUGCUGCAAACAGCUACCUCUGCUGCCCGCCUGAUAUCCUGCAGAUCCUCUUGGCGGCAUCCCAGCUGUCGAACCGCAGCACGGAAGACCUGGAUUCUGCGGCAGACGUAGCGCAGGGCGCCGCACAAAUACUGCAGCAAGCGCUGUCUUUUGAUGUCCACGACUGGGCGUAUGAGCCUCGGACCAUUUCGUAUUUUAGGCAUAUCCCGGUUGAAAGUCGAAUCCACGCCGGUUCGGCCCACCGCCUUGCCGCCUGCUUGUACAUACUCCAUGCCCUCCCCUCGGCUUCCAUACUUGUGCCCGUCGACCGCGAGGAGCUCGACAGCCAAAUGUUCUACCACCUCUCCUGUAUCCACGAUGAGGACCCCAACUUCAAGGCCACCUGUUGGCCGACGUUCAUUGCCGGUGCGGGGACUUCCGACCCCGAAAGACGGAAAUGGAUCCUCGAUCGCCUCAAAAGACUCAUGAUUGCGACUCCCUGGGGCUUCAUCAUGACCGCCAUGGACACACUGCAGACCAUCUGGAGCCUCGAGAAGUCCGUGGACCCGCACACGCUGACGGAGCGGACCUGGGUCCAGAAGCUCAAGGCGUCUGACCUUAAUUUCCUCAUCGUGUGA